AUGAAGAGGUCCAUGUGGGGCCCACAGCAGUCCUCUUUUGACAAGGUUCUUUGCAUCCUGAUGGUUGCUGCUGGCUUUUUCCUCCUUGCAGAAACACAUAAUCUGCAGGGAGAAAAACUGGAUUUACUGGGAAGGAAUGAUAAGUAUGUGUCUCUAGUGAACCACAGCAUCCCUCAGCUGUGUCAGUUCACCGUGUGCAUUGAUCUAAACCGAACCGCCAACAUAAGUUCAUGGGCAGCCUUUUCCUACGACACGAACACCUCUUCCACUGAUAUAAAUGAUAUAGAGCUUGGACUCUCUGGUGAAAAUAAGCAGCUCAGACUGUACCUUUUUGGGACCAAGAGAGACAUUGAGCUCGAUCUAGCUGUUUUUGUCUGGUACAGCGUGUGCUGCCUGUGGGACGUCAGGACGCAACUGCUGCAGGUCUACUGUGAUGGUAACCUGCUGCAUAACGAAACCCUCAAGCACACUGAGUGCCUGAAACCCAGCGGGAGCCUCGUGCUGGGCCAUCUGCACAAAAACCAGGAUGGCCUUAUAGUGCGGGUAAGCAACAGCUUCAUCGGYAGCCUGUACUAUUUCCAAAUGUGGGACCGCACCUUGCCGCAGGAGGAGCUCCUGGCGUGCACCUCGGGCACUGCUGUCAGCUGGGAGGACAAGUACUGGGACUUCAGCAGCAUAUUUCCAGUGGCUGACCGGCACCUGCGCUGUGCAGGUUCAAGUGGAGGCUCAUCAACGGCGACUCCAACGCUGCCGUCGUUGUCUCCAACAAGCGAUGCCAAUGCUACCAUUCAAUUUAGCUUCUAUAAUGUGGACAUGAACUUUUCUCUCUUCUACGGAACCGACAGAACUGCAGAUUACUAUGAUGCAAGGAGGCUUGUUAAAAGCUGGUUUACCAUCAUAUUUUCAGGAGAUGAAUUUGUUGUGACAGACUUUAAAGUCAGGGGUAAYUCUCCGCCAAGGACUAGCCGUAAGAGGGCUCGUAUGAAGGAAAAGCUGCAUUCACAAAGCUAUGCCUGUAAGGCCAUUCUGAAGGCCACAUCACUUGAAACACAAGAACAGCAGAGUCUGAAGAUAAAACAGCUGCUGAAUGGCACUUAUGAAGAAGGACUGUUAUCAUUACAUGUGAAAUCUGAAAAUGUGGCUGUCAAGCCAAUAGCUCUGACAGACUGCCCAGAAAGCUUCUCACAAACGGUAUACAAGGGGAAUUAUUCCUGGCCACUGACAAAUCCAGCUUCCAAAGCUGAGGUCAGCUGCAGCAAAAACCCUCUGCAAUCUGCUAUAAGGAGCUGUGCAAUUGAUAUAGAGCUUGAACAAGCUUUUUGGAAAAAGCCAAACCUGACUGAAUGUAAAUUACUGGAAGAACUUCCAAAUAAUAUUUUAGAUCUUCAGGAUGUCAUCAUAACAGAUGAGAAUGCAGAAGAUGUUGUACAGCAUAUUUUAUAUCUUUUGCCAACUGCAAAACUGGAUGUGGAAGAAAUAGAAAUCAUUGAGAAUAAAAUUUCUGAUAUAGCAAGUAUCGCAGAUAUAAGUGUGACACUAGCAGAGUCUAUGCUGAGCGUAUUCAACUAUAUUUUGCUGCAAGAAAUAGAUGAUAAUCAGAGCUUUAGAAAAAUGACUAAUAGUAUCCUAAAGACAACUGAAGAGAUUGGCUAUAAGGUGACUUACACAGAAAGAAAUGCGUCGGUCGUAACCAGUUCCCUGGCUUUGGUGGUGAUGCGUCCAGAUCCCAGCGUGUUUGAAGGACUGGCCUUUGGGGUCACCUUAUAUGAGAGGGGCCUGAAUCUCAAGGUCAAUAUUCAAGAAAGUCCUUUCACAACAGCCUUGGCCUCUGUGUUUUUGCCAAAAUCACUGAAAAAAUACUUAGGGAUGGAGAACUCUGACCCAGAAAGGCAUUCAAAGAUCCAGUUYAAUUUUUUUGGCACUACUUCACUGUUUGUGGAUGAUAGUUUAAAGACUAAGAAGUUGAACACUUACGUUGUGAGUGCCAGUAUUGAAAAUGCAUCCAUUGAGAACCUCAAUGAGCCUGUCAAUAUUAUUCUUCAUCACAUAGACCAAAAUACGAAUAACAGAACAGUGCACUGUGUCUUUUGGGACUUUCUGAAGAACGAUGGACUGGGUGGUUGGAAUACAUCAGGGUGUGAAAUGGAAUAUACAGAUAUGAAUUACACAAUCUGUUUUUGUAACCAUCUUACCCAUUUUGGAGUCUUACUGGACUUGUCCCGGACAGAGAUAGAUACCACGAAUGAUUAUAUAUUGACUCUGAUAAGCUAUGCAGGAUGUGGUGUUUCUUCCCUUUUUUUGGGUAUCACACUGGUGAUCUAUCUAGUCCUCGAAAAGCUGCGGAGAGACAACCCUUCCAAGAUUCUGCUAAAUCUUUGUGCCGCGUUGCUGAUGGUGAACUUGGUCUUCCUGGUCAACUCGUGGCUGUCUUCCUUCAACCAGCCCGGUCUCUGCAUCGCGGUGGCCGUGCUCCUGCACUACUUCCUCCUGGCAGCCUUCACAUGGAUGUGCCUGGAGUCUGUCCACAUGUACUUGGCUCUUGUGAAAGUUUUCAAUGUCUACAUCCCGAAGUAUAUUCUGAAAUUCUGCAUUGCUGGAUGGGGAAUACCAGCUAUUGUAAUUACUGUUGUACUCAUUAUAAAUAAAGACUUCUAUGGCAAUGGAUCACUUUCUAAGAACAAACCAUUCAGCUCUUUGGUUCUUUGUCUUUGUGUUUCACUGUCUAAUGAAGGAAGAUGUAGUGAAGCAGUGCCGAUUACACUUCUGCURCGGGAGAUUUCGUCUGAAUAAUUAUUCUGACUGCAGUGCAUCAGGUACAACAGUUAGGUCGACACCAAGGCAUUUACAUGACAGGUCACCAUCCCAGCCUUUGAAGUAUCUAAAUUCUAAUGGAACAAGUUCAACGUCCAGUGGUUCCGAUUUCCUCCCUGGGACUUCUCUGGAUACGAAUUUUAGAAUUGCCCGUGUUCAUUACAAUCCGAAUCCUGUAACUUCAGCAGAUGAUGAGGCCAAACACCCUCGUUCACGAAGAAUAUUACCCAUGGAUACAGAGCUGCACUAUCCACAGAAAGCAAGUUUUUUCCAUUGAUAUCAAAUUUGUUUUCUUCUGAAUAUCUAAGGGUGGUUCUCUUUUGUAGCACAUAGAAACAAACAUUCAUCUAAAUUACUUUUAAUGUACAAUUAUCACUCUGCAGAGAAUUUUGGCCCCUCAGCAGUACUUUGCUGUGAAUACAGCACUAGGUAAACUCCAUUUCAUAAGCUCACAAAUCUGCAGCACUAUGGGAUGGAACAGGACUGCUUGGCAUGUACUGGCUGAUGUCUUCAACCCCUUCUUCAUUUUGC